AGUGAGGAGAUGGAAAAAGAAAAUGCAAUGUUACUGACAGAGUUUAUUUUCAUAGGACUUAUAUAUCAACAAAAAUGGCAAAUCCCCUUGUUACUGGUGUUCUUGGUGAUAUAUCUCAUCACUGUCAUGGGGAACCUUGGUCUGAUUGCUCUUUUAUGUAAUGACCUUCAUCUUCACAUCCCCAUGUACUUAUUCCUUGGGAAUUUGGCUUUUGUGGAUGCCUGGAUAUCAUCCACAGUGACCCCUCUUGGCCCCAGCCAGGUGUUGGUGAAUUUCUUUGCCAAGAGAAAAAUGAUAUCUCUCACUGAAUGGAAGAUACAAGUUUUUCCCUUUGUAAUCAGUGUAACCACAGAAUGGUUUUUGUUGGUAACAAUGGCAUAUGAUCGCUAUGUGACCAUAUGCAAACCGUUACCUUAUCCAGUAAUUAUGACCAAUAGACUAAGCAUCCAGCUGUUGGUUUUGUCAUUUUUAGGUGGCCUUGUUCAUGCCAUACUUCAUAAUGUUUUUAACUUCAGAUUAACCUUCUAUAAUUCUAUCAUAAUACAGGACAUAUACUGUGACAUUAUACCAUUGUUUAAAAUUUCCUGUACUGACCCUUCCAUUAAUUUUCUGAUUGUAUUUAUUUUCUCUGGGUCAAUAUAGUUGUGCAUAAUUUGGACUGUUCUUGUCCCUUAUAAAGUUGCUCUCUUUACAAUAUUAAAAAAGAAGUAUGUACAAGGCAUAAGGGAAGCCUUCUACGCAUGUGGAGCCCAUCUCUUAACUAUCUCUUUAUACUAUGACCCUCUUUUCUCCAUGUAUGUGCUCCCUGGAUCUGCAGAAGCAGAUGCUCAAGAUACAGUGGACUCUCUAUUUUGAACUGUCAUAAUUCCUUUGUUAAAUCCAGUCAUCUAUAGUCUUGGAAAUAAGAAAAUCAUAGAUUCUCUGGCAAAAAUGCUAAAGAAAAUGCUUAGAUCUCAUACUAAUAUCUGUUCUCCAUUCAUUAAAAGUCACAUAAGUGUGCAGAUUCGAUAUGUGUUGAUUAGUGUUCAAAGUUUUUGCACUUGCAAUUGCCCUAGAGGUUUUAUGACUUAA